AUGGCCAGUUUUUUGAGCUCCUUUCUGCCCAGCUGCCUCCCCUCCCUCCUCUUCCUCCUCCAGCUGUCUUCCAGCUCUGCAGGACAGUUCAGAGUAAUGGGACCAGGGCAGCCCAUCCGGGUGCUGGUGGGGGAUGAAGCGGAAUUGCCCUGUCGCAUAUCUCCAGGAAAGAACGCUACAGGCAUGGAGGUGGGAUGGUACCGACCCCCCUUCUCCAGGGUGGUUCAUCUCUACCGAAAUGGCAAGGACCAAGAUGAAGAACAGGCGCCUGAAUACCGGGGCCGCACGGAGCUGCUGAAAGAGACUAUUGGGGAGGGAAAGGUGACCCUCAGGAUCCGGAAUGUAAGGUUCUCAGAUGAAGGAGGUUUCACCUGCUUCUUCCGAGAUCAUUCUUACCAAGAGGAGGCAGCAAUAGAAUUGAAAGUGGAAGAUCCCUUCUACUGGAUCAACCCUGGAGUGCUGGCGCUCAUCGCGGUUCUGCCUGUGCUCCUCCUGCAGAUCACUGUGGGCCUUGCCUUCCUCUGCCUGCAGCGCAGACUCAGAGGAAAACUUCCAGCAGAGAUGGAGAAUCUCCACCGGACUUUUGAUCCCCACUUCCUGAGGGUGCCCUGCUGGAAGAUAACCCUGUUUGUAAUCGUGCCAUUUCUCGGACCCCUGGUGGCCUUGAUCAUCUGCUACAACUGGCUACACGGACGACUAGCAGGGCAAUUUCUUGAAGAGCUAAGUAAGUUUUCUUCUCUUUCUUAUAAGCUGAGAGCAAAAAAAAAAAAAAAAACAAGGAAAGCAGCAAGGGGAAGAGGGGGCUAUUGA